AUGUGCCGUCGCAAUGUCAGAAAAGCGGGCACUGCGGAGCCGAAUGCUGCAUCUGCUUCUGAAGCUACGCUCGCCUACAGCGAGGCCGUGGCCAACUCAGAGGACUCCGUGACAGGCAGUGAUGACAUUGGCUUGGCCGAGACACCAUCUUCAGUCUACGUGAUGGAGCACGGUUUCCUGACCAACUCCAUAAAAUGGAUGCCGCGCGGCACCAUCAUGCUGUCCGGGCAUGGGGCUGGCUACGAAGCGCGGCUCAGCGACGCCAAGGAGUUCAAGCAGCUGAAAACAGAGCAGCUUCAGCAGCUCAUCUCCGAGGCGGCGAAGGACCACCAGUACUAUGCCAUUCGCAUGUACAACCCAGAGAACCCCAAGAGAGUUCUGCAGGCCUCCAUUCCCGCGAAGCUCCUAGCAGAGCACUUCGAGGAUUGGCACGACAUCCUCGAGGUCUCGGUGAGCGACGCUGGUAUCCCAGUAGGCCUCUCCUACAGAGUACGCCACACCCUGGGCUUGAUGCUCUUCGACCACACUCAGGUGCAUCUCUCGGAGCCUAGCCGGCUGGAGGGACCCCGCGUGCCGCCUCCUGUGAGGGAUGGCGAUGGCAACAUCAAGCCUGGUGGCGGGGAGCAGCAGCAGCCUUCCUUCCUGCGCAAGUACUGGUGGGUCAUCGCUAUCGCAGUCCUGCUCAUGUCCAGCAUGGGAGAUGACGGCUCUGGUGGCAAGGGCAAGGGUGGCGGUGGCGGCGGUGGUGGUGGCGGCGGCGGAGGCGGUGGUCGCCGUGGCUGA